GUUCGGUUCCCAGUUCUAAAUUCUAAUCAUCUUCUGAUCACACAGUGUCACGCACCAACCAUUCACCACUCUCUUUUUCUUUUUCUUUCUCUUUCUCUUCUUUUGGAACAACGGGUACCACUACCACCUCUUCAAAACAACCCCUUCUAACUUAUUUCUGCUUCUAACUAAAAUGGCUCUUCUCACUCUUGCACUCCUUCUUUUGGCCUUCAGUGGCUCCUCAAGUGGCUCUUGGUGUGUUUGCAAGGAUGGAAGUGAAACAAUACUUCAAAAAACAUUAGAUUAUGCUUGUGGAGCUGGUGCUGAUUGUAAUCCUAUAAAACAAAAUGGGCCUUGUUUUCAACCCAACACUGUUAAAGCUCACUGUAAUUAUGCAGUUAACAGUUAUUUCCAAAGGAAGGGACAAACUCAAGGGUCAUGUGAAUUUGCUGGAACAGCCACAGUUACUGCCUCAGAUCCUAGCACUACAGGUUGUUUGUACCCUGCAAGCGCCAGUACUACAGGCACUAGCACAACCACACCAACCAUGGGAAACCCUUCCACUGGUGGAGUAUUGGGAGGCAUUGGCAAUGGUAUGGGCCCAUCUGGAAUUGGAACCAAUUCAGAUAAUAGUCAUGGUGGGCUUAAACUUUUAUAUACUAGUUUAUUCUUUCCCUUUUCAAUAUCUAUGUUUUCAAGCAUGGUGAUGAUGAUUAUGCUUUGGUAAGAUUGAGAAGAUAAUUGGCUAUGCUAUGCAUAAAAUGUGACCAUGUUGAUGUAUUUUUAUUUUUAAUGUGUCACUCUGUAAUUUUUUAGGGGAUUAUUGAACUAGACACAAAUUUUUGUUUUUUUAUAACUUUUCUACUACCUUUCCUAUUUUCUAUUUUUAAUAUGUAUAUAUCCAAGAGUCUAGUAGUUAAUGUGAUAAGAAUCUGGGCCCUUUUGUUUAUUGGAUA